AUGGAGAUAUCACUGAAACUCGCCGCCCUACUCAUAUCCCUCCUCACCCUCUCCCUACCCGCGACCGCAGCCGGUGCUGGCAUCUCACAAUGCCACCCCUCCAAGUUCACAUUCCCCCCUCUCCCCGGCGCAUCCCACGUCCGCACCACGGCCGCCGUCGUGCGGGACUACACCGGACACCCGGGCUGGAUGCCCGACGCGGCCGUCUCCGUCCCCCCGUCCGGCGUGGCGCCGUUCUGCAACGUCACGGUCUCGUACGUCCACCCGGGGUAUGACUUUGUUGUCAGUGUGCACGUCUGGCUCCCGCUGGACCGGCAGGCGUGGAACGGGAGGUUGCUGGGCGUUGGAGGGGGCGGGUUUGUGGCGGGGGACGUUGAUGGGGAUUUCAUGGCUGCUGGGGUACAGGAAGGGUGUGAUGACGAUGGGGAGUGUGAAGGGGAGCCGUUUGAGGUUGCGGAAGACUGGAUUAAGUACUUCGUCAAGAAGGAUCCCGAGUUUGACGUGGGGAAUAUGACGAUGGAGGAGUUUCGAGAUGUGUUUAGGCAGGGCGUGGAGGAGUUCACGUCGACGAUUGGGACGUCGCACGAUUUGAGGAGGUUCAGGCAGCGCGGGGGGAAGAUGUUGAUGUGGCAUGGGAUGGCGGACCAGACGGUGAUGGUGCUGGCGGCGAGGGCGUUCUACGAACGGGCGAAGAAGCUUGAGCAGAGUCGCGGAGUUGAGAUUGAGCAAUACUGGAGGUAUUUCGAGGUUCCAGGGAUGAGCCAUUGUAGUCCGCUCUACGGCGGGCCGUAUCCGUGGGAUGCGAUGGAGAGGUUGCGGAAGUGGGUUGAGGAGGGAGUUCCGCCGCAAGAUCUCGAGGCGAGGACGAUCGAGGAGGAGGACGGGAGGAAAGUGUUUGGGAAGGAGGUUAGGAGGGUUUGUAUGUUUCCGAGGGAGGGCGUGUGGGAUGGAAGUGAGUGGCAGUGUCUUUUGCCUGGUGAGAAGCUGGAUGAGAAGAGAGAGGAGCUUUAA